CGCCGUGCCGCAAAGCAGCCCUAAAACAUGGACUCAUCCGUUUUCCACGCGCGCGGGCCGGAGGUGUCGCGACUCCGUCAGUUCCUUAAUUUCCUGGGGUGCAUUCUGAUCCUCCCCGUCUACUACAUCCUCACGGCCUACACGCGCCACCCAUUGACCCUGGACGUCCUGGUCACCAUCUUCGCGGCCGAAUACAACCGCUACACCAACGAGUGUCGGCGCCGCAAGCUCUACGGCCAGGAUAAAGCCUUGCAGGAUGCCGAAAAGGCUAUCCCACGACUGUCCCCCGCCGGUCCGGGGCCGGACUGCAUGGCCGCUGUGGUUGGGUAUCGCGAGGACCCGGCACUGUUCGCGCGCGCUCUCGAGAGCUACAACUCCGCCGAGGGAUGUCGAUUUGUCCUAGUGGGAAUUGACGGCGACGAAGAAGCUGAUAUGGAGAUGGUGCGCGUGUUCCAGAAGGUCUACUCCAACAACACCUCAUCCGUAAUCCGCCUCGACGAACCCUUCGGCGAACUGGCCGUGCGCACCUUCGACAAGAUCUCCACCGCUGACCUACACUCCCAACCCACGGAUAAAUACAUGCAAGAAAGCAUCGCGCACUGCUGCAACCUCGCCCGCGAGAUCCUCACCGACCACAAGAUCACCUUCGACCGCGGCGCAGGCGGCAUCACGCGUCUGUGUCUGUAUCAGCCACACCUGCACAAGAAAGGCAUCAUGUUCACCUCCUUCAUCUUCUCGAUCGUGAUCUCUGACCUCCUGGGCAUCGAGUAUCUCUGGUCGUCGGAUUCCGAUACCAUCGUCUUCCCGCGCUCGCUGCGCAGUACGGUUGAGACGGUGGCGGGUGAUCCGUCUGUCGGGGGCGGGAGUGCGGGUCUGAUCGUGCAUAAUGAGCAUGAUUCGGCGAUCUCGAAGCUGGGGAGUGUGGUUUACUGGUGCGAGCUGUAUCUGACCCGGUCGACUGCCACGGCGGCUGGCACGAGUGAUUGCCAGAGUGGUCCUAGUUCGGCGUUCCGUGUCGCGGCCUUGCCGGCCGUGUUGUAUCCGUGGUAUACCCAGUGUGUGCUGGGGCAUCGCAUGAUAAUCAACGAAGACCGCCACCUAACAACCAACCUCCUCCUCCAAAACUGGACAAUAACCUACGUGUCCGACACCCUCGCUUCAACCGACACCCCCACCACACUCUCGAAAUGGCUCCUUCAACAAGUCCGCUGGAGCCGCGCGGGCCACAUUGAAUCCUUCCAAAACCCCCACAUCUACACCCUCACCUCACCCCUGUUCUUCUGGGCCGCGAUCAAGCGCGAACUUGGCCCUUUGCUGGGUCUGGCCUAUAUCCUGUACUAUUAUGUGACGGGAACGAGUAUGGCGUAUUUCUCGUGGACGGAUCUGGCGUUUAGAGUGGUUUACACGAUUGUUUAUAAUGUGGGGAGGAAUCCGGAUCGUGCGGGCGGGGGGAAGAGGGGCAUCGCCUGGUGGGGGUGGGUGCUGCCUGCGAUGGUGUUUUAUAAUGUGCCGUUGCCGGCGGUGCAUGCUUGGAGUUUGGGGACGGUGUUUGAGGGGGGGUGGGGGACGGCUAUGAGGGGGGUUUCCGAGAAAGAAGGCAGGAUGUGGAAGAGGAUACGGGAGUUAGGGUUCUUUGUCCUGUGGAUGGGGGUGGUGGGAGGCGUGAUGGGCCGGAUUGCCGCGGGCUUUUUGGGGGCCAGUCCUGAGACAACAGUUAGGGCUUUGGGGUGGGGAACGACGGUGUUUUCGGGGGCUGCGUUUUAUGGUCUGGUAGUGCGGGAGUAA